AUGACGACGACGCGUAAGAAGAGUUCUGUGUCUUCCUACGGGACCGUCUCGAACGAUGAGGAAGACGCGGAUGAUUUCGCGAAUAACAGCGUGGACUUGGAAUCGCAGAAUCGAUCGAUGAUUUUAUCGUCGAGUGAUACUUCGAAUACGGGGAAGAAAAUCGCACUGUUGGCGUUCAGCGCGGCAGCGGUGGGGUUUGCCGUCGUCGCGUCCUCUAAAACAAGAGGUGGACAUGUCGCCAACAUCGACCACCCUUCUUUUGCUCUUCCCAUCGCGAACGAGGCGGAGUUAGGGGGAGGCGUGAGACGAGCGAAGCCGUUUGCCUCGCGUGGGUUUUCCCGGGGGGCCGCGUCCUCGGUGAAAUCAUCUUCACUGCCGAAAGUGAACGCCGGUUUUGCGAGAAUGCAGGAGCGAUUCGCGGAAGAACACCGCAGAGAAGAAACGGAAACGAUUGGUGACGAAGAAGAAUCCUUUUCGGCGGAUGAAGCGCAAUUGGCAGAAGCGCAACAAGAGGAAAAGAGACCGGCGAAAACGGCGGAUCUCGGGGUCCCGAUGGAAUGUCAAUCGUGCGCGCUCGUACUUCCGUCGCCGGAUAUGAACGGUCAGUCUUUUGGCAAAGAAAUUGAUUCGCACGAUUGCGUCGCGAGAAUCAACACGCACUACUUGGAUGCCGCGGACGAGAAGAACGCGAAGUUUCGCGAAGAUUUCGGGAGCAAGACCGAUUUCGUGUUCGCCAACGUCGUUCCGCACACCUUGGACGAGUUGAACAGAGGCGAUCACUCGAUGAUCGAUAAGAACGUGAAGCAUAAGAUUUUGGUUUUGAGAGCGUUGGAGGAGAAAAAGACUGCACUGGGUUCGUCGACCGUCAGUGCGGAAAUUCCGUACCAAGAUCCGGGAUCGGCCAAGCCGGAGGACGUGUAUCGAUUUUUGGACGCCAACCCAGGGUGGGUGGUCACGCCGGAAGUCAUCUCCAACGAAGCGACAGAGUUGUUCAAGCCGUUAUCUGGCGCCGAGAAUAAGUUGUGGUCGUCUGGAUUUCUCGCGUACACGACGUUGACGAGACACUUUUGCGCGUCGACUACGGUGUACGCUUUACCCGAGGACGCCGAAAACGACAACGCGUCGAGGACGAAUUACUUUUCCACGUCUUUGUCCAAUCAAAGACAAAUGUGGGAAGGGCAUUCAUUCGGCUCGGAGCACGACUUGAUGCGCGAAGAAGCCAAGAUGGGCGAUUACGGCGUGCAAGUGAAAACGGUCGUCGACCAACAAAAGUUGGCUUUGCGUAAAGAGCAAGAAGAGGCUCAAGCGGCCAUCGCGAAGCAAGAAGCUGAAAACGAGGCUAUGAUUUCCGCGCAACAACUUGCCGCUAAGUCGGCGAUCGAGGCCGCGCAAGAAGCCGCGGCGAAGACGUUGUUGUUGCAACAAAAAGAACAACACCAAUCUGAAGAAAUUGUCGAAGACGCCGUGGCGUUCAACGAAACGCCGCAACCAGAAGUCAUCGAAGCCGGCGAAGAGGCGGCUUCGACUGGUUUUGAAGAUGGAGUAAUUGCGACUCCUGUUGUCGACCCGAACGCUGAUUUGGUCGGCGAUCAGUCCACGUGCACGGAGUCUUUUAAAGAUCUCUUUUGCAACCCGGCGUUGCAGUGCGUCGGCGGCAUCCCGUGCCCAGGCCAAGGGUGUUGCGACCGAACGUCGUGCAACCCGGCGGAUUCGUGCAUGCCAGGCGUGCCGAUUCCGGGUAUUGGCUGUUGCAAAGACGCCGAGGAUUGGCGCCCGGAGUGGGGAGCGAGUCGAAUUGAUCGAUCCAACCCGAACGCUUUGGUCAACGUCAUCUUGGAAGACGGCACUCCGAAGUCCAUCAUGGUCUCCGAGUUGGACGAUUACGUCAACGCGAGAGUUUUACAAAUGACCAACCCGUCGCCGGUUGACGGCGUUGAGGGCGGCAGCGAUAUCGAAGGCGGCGAAGAUGGUGACGACACCAUCGUACCGGCAGCGAAGACGAAGAUUGUUGUGAAGAAGUUGAAAAAUCCAAAGGAGCAAAAGAUGCUCUUCGAACUCGAAGAGGAGGCGGUGAAGACGAAGAAACAUCACUCUUCCAAGCACGCGCAGCUUGGCAUGGCGGCGCCGACGGAGGAAGAGCUCAUGGCGGCGUUGGGUAAGCACCACCACCACACCGAAAAAGCCGGUGACGACAAGGCGGACGCGAAAACCAAGUCCGCAGACAUGUUUGACAUGUCCAAAGUCGAAACCGCGGUAGAGGCGACCUGGAAAUCCGGAGCCGCGGGCGGGGCUGCCAACAACAACCAAGCUGCCAAAGGCAACAACUUCAUGAAGGACGGCAAGUACGACCCACCGAUGUUUUGUGACAACAGCGAAAAUUGCUCCCCCGGUCAACGCUGGCCAGGCGUCGGAUGCUGCACGCCAGAUUCGUGCAAUCCGGAUCCAUCUCCGAAUUGCCAAGCUGGUACCCCGAUGCCUGGCUUUGGGUGCUGCUCGGACAAGAGCACCUAUCGAUGGGACGACAAGGAAAAUCGAUUCAAGAAAAUCGAGUACAAGGAAGUCACUCAGCAAGAUUUACAAUUUAUGAUGGCGACAAAGUCUUUGGAUAUCCCGGGCGUCGAAAAGCCGAAGGUUUCGUACGAAUCCAUCGUCGGUAAAGACGACAUCGACUUGUCUAGCGCGAACGUGGAAGCGCCGGAAGACAAAGUCAUCGCCGAUUUCAUCCAAGGUAAAACUACCGAGGAGGAAGCGGCCCCGGAAGACGCGGCCGAGGGUCAAGAUGAGCAAGACGCGAACGCGAAAGCUGAAGUAACCAAGGAGUUCCAAGAGUUGAUCGGCGACGAAGGUACCGUCGUAGUUGAAGAGAAGGAAGACGCUCCGGAAGCGGCAUCCAAGCCGUUGUUUUGCAACCAGCAAACCGAAGGGUGCGUCGCCGGUGUCCCUAUCCCAGGCAUUCCGUGCUGCAAUGCACCGGAUAUUUGCAACCCAGAACCGAAGGAAACCUGCGUCGCUGGUGUGCCGCUCGCGGGUAUCCCUUGCUGCUUCCAGCGUCAGCCGCAAGCGCAAAACGUGGACGCGCAAAAAGACUCGGCUUUGGCGAAAUCGCUCGCUUCUUCUUCCAAGGAAACGUGCAACCCGGACCCGAAGUGCACGCCAGGCGUCCCGAUCCCGGGCGUCGGUUGCUGCAAAAACGGCUGGGGCAGAGUCGAUGGCGACUCCGUCGAAAAGUUGAACAAGUCCACGACUGAGAAGGAGGAAAUCUUGAAAGAUUCCGUGGAAGCUUUGGUCCUCAAAGAACGCAUCCGCGAGGAGUUACAACGCAAGGAUCAACUCGUAAACCACAAAGAGGACGACGAGAAGAACGCCGCCAACACGAAGAAACAACAACAAAAGAAAAUUGAAGCGCAAGCGAAGAAAAUGGCCACGAAGGAGGACGACGCGCCGAUCGAAGACGUGCCGGUCGAAGACGCGGCGACUGAAGAAGAACGAGAAGGUCAAGAUAAAUCCACAUCCACGACCAAAGUAGCCGAAGACGCCGAAACGAAAGCCAAAAAGUCCUCCUCCAAAAAGCAUAACAACAAAGCCAGCGGGAAGCCUGAAGUUUGGGACAGCGACUAUUAA